GACUUUUGCUGCUUGCGUCUGUUGACUCCAUUCCAUCGAAUAAACGAGAACCAGAGAAAAAAAAGUUGUUGCCAUGGAAGGCAAGGUUUCUUCAAGCCGGGGAAAACGAACAGCAGCAGAGGCGAUGGAAGAAAUCUUGAAUGACGAAACACGAAAAAAACAAUGUUUCGCAGAGCCAUGUGAAGCUUCUCUUGAUUCCUCUGAGAUUGCAGACAAAAUUAAGCGUUGUGAAACUAUUCUUUCACUGUUUCCGCCUUUUGGUUCUGAUUAUGUGUGCUCGGUAGAAGAACUUGAGAAGAUUGAAGAUACUGUUCGUUUAAUGUUUCCUUCUACUUCAAAAGAGAAUGAUGUGAGUAAGCAUAAGCAGAAUUUUAAAGUUUUCCCUGUAGAUGAAGAAGAGAUGUUGGCUACAAUAAGAGCUAAGGAAAUACAUCUUGCGCAUCAAGGAAUGCUGAACCAAUUAAUUCUCUUCGAAAAGAACCUCAAACUUGGAGAGAAACUGAAACAAAAUACAUCGGAAGUUGCUGAAUUGAAAGCGGAGGUUGCGCGGCUUGAGGUAGAGAAAUGCGAAGUGGAUAUUUUGAAGGCUACUUUGGAGCAAAACCUGGUUUGCAAAGAUCAACGGAUUUCUGAGCUUGAAGCAGAAAUUGUUCGUUUUGAGAACGGGAAGGGCGUAAUUGAUGCUAGCUUGAGGGCACCCCCGGCGCCGCGAAUAAGAAGCAUUGCUGCCUUUUUCUCCUCUUUUCGUCGGUCAUGAACCGAUAUGUCGACCAAUUCGUGUUUUCAGCGACAUUUGUUUUUUUCAGGUUAUUAGAACUUCGAAAUCUACUGGUUGUUAGUGAAGGGG